AUUUUUAUGGGAGUAAAGGAGCCUGUGCCAAUCUAAACCUGUUCGGAAAUUAGAUAAAAUCUUUAAUAAUGUUGAAGAACUGGCUCCAAAAAAAGAGAGUACAUUAAGCAAUAUACUGUGAUAGAUAAUAAUAGAAUGAGAGAUAGAAAAAACUGAAGCUGAUUUCAAAUUUAAUGUAUUUCUAAUGUAGGCCAGACAGAAGAAGAGGAUAUUGCCAUGUCGAGUGGUACAAACACACACACACACGCACAAACAUACAUUUGUGAACAAAAUACACUCUAACAGAUUAUUUUCUCUGAUUGUAGAUGUUAACAGGCAGGCUGUAUUACAAGCACUAAAAGUUCAAACCCAUCUGAAACAAGAUGGAAGCUGGAUCAAAAAAUCUCAAGAUGUUCAGGACACACCUACAGAAGUAAAAGCACGGAAACCAAUAAAGCUAGUAAAGCCUAAGAAUGUGUCACCACCUGAGGGCAGUUUGGUCUCUUCCUCCAUUAUGCCAUGUGCACAGAGUGCCACCUCCUCCAGCUUGGACUCAUCCACACCUCCUCAAAACUCAGCCUUGAGGACGUUUGACCCUCUGAACUCAACAGAAAACACACCAGUCAGGAGUGAGUCCAGUCUGGCCAAAAGUGUAAAUCCUGUCCUUGGGGACUCCAUGAGACCACAUGUUGAGAAUGAAGCGGAGACAUCAAUAAUCAAACCCGCAGAGCAACCAUUGAAGAAACCUGUUCCUGUAAAGGACAUAACAGAAAAACAUAUCGUCAUACCUGUAGAGGAACCACUGAAGACACAUGCAGACACUCCUAAAACAGAUAUAGUGCAGAAACCUACAGAAAAACCUGUAGAGGAUCCAAUGAAGACACCUACAGAUGUUCCUGUAGAGAACAUAGUGGUGAAACCUGAAGAAGAAUCACUGAAGACACAUACAGAGACUCUGGUGGAUGGAGCUUCAACAGAUCAAACACAAUCCAGUGGAUCACUGCAGGAGAAUACAGCAAAGCCUUUAGAGAAUAAAGAAGACAACACAGUUGAACAAGUCACAAUAGCACAAGCCCCUGUAGUAGAGGCUCCACUCCAACCAAGUGAUCAUGGGGAACUUUCACUAGUAUCUGCUCUGGAAACUCCAACUACAGAGCUGACCCAAGAACCCUCUGAGGUAGCCCCGGAAGAGCACAAUAGACUGAACAGUGAAGCUGAAUUGAAGUUUUUGGUGAUCCAAUCCCAGGUGGCCAGUACAGGUGUAAACGAGGUCAAUAAGGUUUUGUGAUGAUGGGAUCAUUGAAACCUACAGAAGCCCUGAGGCAUUUAUUACUAUUUCCUUUUUUUGUUUUUUCUUGAUCACAGCUGAAAGGGAUACUUUUUAAAGGGAUACUAGGAAAAAUGUUGUCAAUUGUCCACACUCAGUCCAUUUCAAACUUAUAUGAAUUCCUUUCUUCUGCAGAGGACAAAAAAUUUGUUGAAGAAUGUUGUUAACCAAAGUAGUUGAUUGUAGCCAUCGACUUUCAUAGAGUGGAAAAAUAAAUAAUAUGGGAGUUAAAAUUAAAUAAAUAUUUAAUCAAAUCUAAUCAGAGACAGGUUCUAUUGUUAUCUAAACAUUUUGUUUGUGUAUUUAACCUUUUUAAAUUGUAUAGAGAAAAAUCUCAGGAAAGAAUAGAAGAUGAAACGAUAGCCUAUGCUUGGUAGCAAGUGCCAAGAUGAAAUUUUAAAGGGUACAUAACAUACACAGUUUCACCCUAAUAUGUUUAUCUCCUAAAGAGUAGUACUGCAUCCUUCAUAUAUCCAAAAAGUCUUUAGUUUAAUCAUAUUUAUAAAAGAAAAAUACAGCUUUUCGAUUCUUUCCGGAAAAAAGCCGAGCUCCUGGAGGCGUGACAUGAGCGGAGCUACAAUACUGAUGUUUCGUGUUGUUUCCAUUAACAUAUCUUCACUUAUGUGCGGAUUUCCAACAAAAUACAGAAAUCUGAUCCAUUUGUACUUACAUGAAUGGGGUCUUUUAUCAAACGAUGUGCAAAUCCAGCGUUGACUUGGGCCUUGUUUAUAAAACAUUGGUCACUCAAAUGACCAGAACACACAAACGCACUUGAUACACUCCGUUGCUGCAUCGAAAAAAAAAAAACACUGUUCAUGUAACGCUGGGUUUUUGGGGAAGCUAAACACAGUAAACUUUCCUUCACAUCCAAAAUUGCACUUAUUUGGAGGCAUUCUGAACAAAUCCUAUGCAGUGCUGCCAACGAAUUUGAAGCGCGUUGAUGUGAACGGUCUCACUCUCCUCUGACCAAUGUGUGUGCGUGGGCGCACUUUUCUGGGAGAAAUCCUUAUAGAAGGACUUCCAUUCUCGUCUACACCAUUAGACCCACGAUCAAAAAAAAAAAAAAACCCAGCCAAAACUUGUACCAACCCAGAAGUAAGAUUUUCAGCACAGAUAUUCUCAGUCAUUCUUCUAAAUUAUGUUUUUUAAACUUUGGCCAUUUUUAGCAUGAGAAUCCAUCUCUUUAAUACUGUGAACAACUCUUAAUACACGAAACACCAUUGUACCCUUGCCAAUGGCAGUGAAUUUGUUUAUGAAAUGUUUUUUACGGCCUUCAAAAUGUUUUCUUUGUUUAUUUCAUUUUUUCAUUCGGAAUUAAGAUGUGCUUUAGUGCUAUCAGUAAAGCUCUCUCUCUCUCUCUCUCUCUCUCUCUGUUUUAGUGUAGCGGUUGCUGGAGUCCUCUUGGUGAUCUCUCUUCAUCUUUGUACCACUUUGCUGGGAAAAUCCUCUGUGAGAAAUGCUUUGAUCAAAUCUUCCAGCUCUGAUGACUCAUCCCACAGCAACCUACUACUGCAGCUUAUCACCAUGACAACUAAGCACAUCUCAGAGUCUACUACUUAGUUUGAAACAAUUAAACGAAAUUAUUUAUCUGUAAAAGAACUGCUUUCAUCGGUUUAUUGCACAUAUAGGCCAUUCAACACCAUUUUUCUGUAAAUAUUUUUUUUCAGAUCAAUAUAUUUAUAUGAUUUAUUUCUGAUCAAUAUAUUUCUUGUUUUCUUCUGACAAAACAUUUAAACUGUAUUUUAAUAAAAUGUCCUAUAAGCUUGA